AUGAAUUCUCCCAUAUGGAAAGAAGAACCUAAAGGUCAUCACAGGUUUUGCUUGGUACAUGUUAGAAAGAAUGUUUUGCAGAAUCACAAAGGUAUCAUGGUUAAAAGGUUGGUUUGGAAAAUGGGUAUUGCUACCAAAAAGCGCAAGUUUAAGAAAAGACGUCGUUUACUUAGAGACGUCAACAACGAGGCUUUGCAGUACCUUGAUACUGUGGAUAAAGAAAAAUGGAAUUUGGCGUAUGACAAUCACAAAAGAUGGGGUGAGAUGACCACUAAUAUGGUGGAAUCUUACAACAACGUGUUGAGAGGCGCAAGAGAACUCCCAAUCAAAGCUUGCAUUGAUAUGACAUUUUGGAGGACAAUAGAAUGGUUCAAUCAGCGGUCAAUUGCAUCAACACAGUGUGCCACACCACUUACCCCGUGGGCGCAUGAAAAGGUGUGCAAAAAUGAUGCAAAGGGUCAGUUACAUAAUGUAAGAGCACCAAGCACAAUUCGAGGGAUUUAUGUGGUUCGAACACAACGUCGAGUUGGUGGAAAGGGUGGUAACAAGUGGAAGGUGAAGUAUUUGGAGUCGAACUGCAAAUGUCAAAAGCGGCAGAUGUGGAGACUUCCGUGUUCACAUGCAGCAGCAGUUGUGCGUUUUAGAAAUGACAACAUGUUAUCGCUUGUUAACCCCGUAUACCACACAAGUGUUUGGGUACACCAAUAUUCUGGGGUGUUCAAUCCACUCAGACACCCAGAUUAUUGGGACGUGCCUGAAUGGACUUUGCAGUAUUCACGAAGACAGUUAUUGCCUCGAAGUCGCUGUCGAUACCGUACAACUAGGAUUCCUAAUCAGAUGGAUGUCCGUGAAGCCGACCAGCCACGAGCCCGACGCAAAUGUAAAAGUUGUCGUCAACCUGGUCACGACAGGCGCAACUGCCCAACUUCUUGA